UUUUUGAAGUCCACCGCUCUCUGUUUUAGUGCACAGUCUUGGACGUGCACGAUGAAACAGGCUGAUUUACGGUAAUGGGGCGAUUUGCGAUGCAAACCUUCUGCAAGGAAAUCGUUCUGCUGGCUGUCACUCUUCCGCUGCUGUCGGCUGAAGCGCCAGGCGGUGGGACGGUGCCCCAAGUCCAAUGUUUCGUGACGCGUAAGAGUGUCAGGUCGGAAAUCACAUGUGGAGCUUCCGUGCUAAAAAUGCAGAACGGGACCUGUGUCUCUCCUGCGGAGAAGGUGACCAAAAUGGAAAUUGAGAAACACGAAACUGUUGAAGUACAGGCCCAGCUGAACAGUACAGAACACGUUGAUUGUUACUGGCAACAUAAGGAAAAGGGAGAAUGCCUUUCUUAUCGGGAUGGGAACAGCCACGCGUUUGUGAUCCCCCAGGCAAACGGGAGCCAUGCCGGAAUCCAUAUCCUCUGUCUCCAGAACGGCGGCUUUGGCUAUUCCGUGGCGUUUUCUCUCUGGCUGAAGCGAAGACCAACACCGCCUCAAAUAAAACCAUUGCCCAGCGCUGAAGGGUACGCUCUUCGGUUACAGUUCAGUUCGGAGGGGUAUCCUGAACCACAAUUUAAGUGGUAUGGCUGUCUCUCACAAAGUCAGAGCUGUGAACUGAAAACCGGACACCUUGAAGUUCACACGGAACGCCAAAAUGCCGUCUCAGAAGGACUUGUGAAAGUGUUUGCUACGAUUUCAGCGUAUGAUUUAAAAGAAAAUAGAGUUCUGUGCUGUGCGAGAAAUGAAGUUGGCGAGGAGUGCUCCAGGCUGUACGAUUACGAUCUCCGUUCUUUGGACAGAACAGGAUAUGUACCUCAAGUAUUUAUAAAAACUGGCCAAGCACUGCUUUUACGUUGCAGUGAUAAAAACUAUAAAAAACCUCUAUCCUGGACCUCAGAUAAACCAGUUAAGGUGCGAUACUAUGAAGACUCUUACCCCCGACUGAGGCAAACGUACUUAUACUUUGAUUCAGUAAGCUCUGAAGAUAGUGGCAAUUACACAUGCAGAUCUCCAAGGAAUGCAUUUAUAUCCACAAGCAUUCAGGUUGUUGAAAGAGGGUUUAUCAAUAUAUUGCAAAUGAAGGAAUACAAUGCAAUUCAGCGUGAUGACAAAUUCUGCUUUGAAAUCGUAUUAUCGUCAUACCCUGACGUGAGGUGUAAAUGGGUCUCUCCGUCGGGAGGCCGUCAAGACUGUGAGGACUCAAAUCCUUUUAAUGGAAGCAGGACUUUUAAAUACUGUGAUCAUCGGAAUCUUCCAGGACUGUAUCAGUUUUAUGCCGAAAACGAUGAUGUCAACAUAAUGAAAAAUCUGUCGCUCUGUGUGAAAGCAAAACCAACACCACCACAGCUCACAUUAUUACCUAGAAGUGAUGGCCAGGGGCUUAGAUUUGAAUGCAGUUCACAGGGUUACCCGACACCACAGAUCAAGUGGUACACAAGUAAUACUGUAAGGCCUUCACAUGAUGUGUUUUGGAAAGAAAAACACAAUAUCUCUGAGGGGAAAGAGGAAGAUGCAGAAAUGUUCUGUCACAAAAGAAAAUCGAGCGUCUUAGAGUUGAACAACCCGGCAGAAGUCUCCAGUGUUCGGUGCUGUGUUGACUCUUUUAAUUCUUCAUGUGUCGAGCUUCCUGUUCCUCCUACAUCAUUAUGGGAUGUGUACUACAUACACCUCUUUCUGUCAAUCCUUGUGGUCAUUCUCACUCUCCUGUUAAUCUUCAUGUGUACUAGAAAGAAACCAAAAUACGAAAGCCAGAUGCAGAUAUUGCAGCCUCUGGGAUCCUCUGAUAAUGACUACAUUUACAUCGACUUCAAAAACAUGGACUACAACCCAAAGUGGGAAUUCCCGAGAGAAAACCUGGAGCUAGGAAAAGUGCUGGGAUCAGGAGCCUUUGGGAAGGUUGUGGAAGCCACUGCCUAUGGAAUCUGCAAGCCAGGAGUGUCCUUACAAGUGGCUGUCAAAAUGCUCAAAGAGAAACACCAGUCCUCCGAGAAAGAAGCCCUGAUGUCCGAGCUGAAGAUGAUGACACACAUUGGCAGACAUGAUAACAUAGUCAACCUGCUGGGGGCUUGCACGGGCUCAGGACCAACUUAUCUGAUCUUUCAAUACUGCACCAAAGGGGACCUUCUAAAUUACCUGAGGGACAACAGGGAAACGUUUCACAAGUCUCUAACGGAUGUCUUCACUAAAAAUCGCUACAGCUGUUUGUAUCAUAACUUCCAAUCUGAGCACGUUUUCAGAAAUGAUCCUAUGAGUCACAAAAACAACUACGUCCCGAUGCAUAGAGCACGUGAUGUCACAGAAAGAGUCGGGGAAGCAGAAAGACUCCUCAGUCUGAGCGACGCAGGAGAGGUGGUCUCGGAUGGGAUGUAUAAAAAUUUGGACCAGUAUGAAGAAGAGGAACUGAACAUACUCACGUAUGAUGACCUUCUCAGUUUUUCCUAUCAGGUGGCAAAAGGGAUGGAAUUUCUUGCCUCAAAGAAUUGCAUUCACAGGGAUCUCGCCGCCAGGAAUGUAUUGGUUACUCACGGAAAACUGGUAAAGAUCGGCGACUUCGGAUUAGCCAGGGACAUCGUGAAUGAUUCAAACUAUGUUGUAAAGGGCAAUGUCAGGCUGCCUGUGAAGUGGAUGGCCCCAGAGAGUCUGUUUGAUGGAAUCUACACCAUGCAGAGCGACGUUUGGUCUUAUGGGAUUCUGCUGUGGGAGAUCUUUUCCCUCGGUGUGAACCCUUAUCCUGGGAUGAAGGUGGACCGACACUUCUAUUCGUUGAUUCAGAAUGGAUUUAAGAUGGAUCAGCCUUACUAUGCAAGCCAGGCUGUCUACAAUAUGAUGAAAUCCUGCUGGAUGCUCGAGCCAAGAAAAAGACCUGAAUUUUUGAAGAUUGUCAAAUUUAUGGAGUAUCAGCUGGCUGAUGCUGAAGAUGAGAUUUAUUAUAACAUGGACAAAAAAAGCUCUGUGUACAGGAAUGUGCCAGUCAGCCCCACCUCUGGACACCCACCAGGAUCAAAUGAAAAAAUGCCUGAAGAUGAUAAACCCAGUGAUUCCAGUAAUCCAAGCGUGCCCUCUGAACCCACGAGUCUCUCCGAUUCCAGUCACCCAAAGCAGGAGCAAGAAGACCAGUCAUCUGAUGUCCCCUCAGUACAGCCUCCUCCCCCUGAGUGACACUCACCAUCCGGGCCGGGGCAGCCUUCAUGCUCCCACUGUACUGUGCACUUCGCCCCAGGCGGAUCUUCUCACUCUCUUUUGGUCAGUGUGCCACAGCAAACGACGCAAAACGUUGUUCUUGGGUUAAUGAUUGAUUUUAACUUUGCAAGAAAAAAUUAGAACAUUGGGCUUUUGAGUAUCAUAACGAGUAGAGACUCCCGUUGCACAGGACUUGCAUCCCUUCCUGGGUGAAAUUGUAUGUCUCAGUGAAAAGCAGCACAAGCAUGCAAUAUUACCCCUUUAUCUUCUCAAAUACCCAGCGUCUGGUUCUUACCUUUGUACACGGUUGUUAAAAUCAGCACAUACAACCCAAAAAGUGACCAGUGGUCCUAACACCUAGCCUGGGAGAUCCCCAACUCCUCGGCGACUAAAAACCUGGACUUUGCCCUGUUACAUCUCAACCCCAAACUGAGAAGAAAUAAUCAUUUCAGUAUAGGGAAAGUUCACUAAACCUUUAUGGUAACUCAACACGACGAAGCUGUGUUAAGAAAUUGGUACAAAUAUAGGGAUCAGUAAAUUGGCGAGGGGCUGACCAAUCAGUAACAUUACUGUGAUCAGUCUUCUGAAAAUUUUCGGGAUGUGCGCACAAUCUUUUGACAUCAAACCACGUGUUCCUUAAGACAAGGUCCUGCUCCUGGGGGUCCGCACACCCACUGGUUUUCCUUCCAGCCAAGCUUAAUGACUUAAUUGAAGCAUUAAUCGAAUGAACGAGUUGCUCCAUUGGAAUAUUUACCGGGUUUGUUUCUGGCUCACCGUUGGGAGAUUGUAUUGAUGAGAUGCAACAGUUUUUAGCUCUUAAACUCAUUGGAUGUUGCCACUUGACUGUCUCCGUUCAUAUGACUAUUAUUUAGCCAACCGAGAGUCCAGUUGUGAAAUGGAUCAAAAGCAGAGGUGUGUGUCCAGUCCAGGGCCAAGAGCAGGAUCUCUGCCUCCGGAGACGGGCAGCUAGAGAGAGACAUUUCUCAAUAUAUAUUAACAGUAUUAGAAAAUAGCUUCACCAUCUGUUAUAUAAAAGGUGGAUAUUGUUCUCCAUUUGUAUCGCAGCUUAAUCCAUCAUUUUGUGUUAUUAAAAUCUUCACUCCAGCUGUACGAGAUUCCUUGUAAAACUAAUUGAGCUUGGAUACAGAGCUGUAUAUUUUCUUUGUUUCUCAUUCAUAACA